CGUACAACAAAUACUUCUUUAAACAUGAUCAACUACUUCAUGUACACUUUCUAAUAGAAACCUUUUUAGUGUGUUCGAUAAUGUUCACAUUAUGUUGACAAUGAUAUAUAAAGUCAUAAAUAUCGAGUUCAAUUAUGGUUUGAUUGAGUUUAAUAUCGUUGUCUUCGCGAGUAGGCUUAGAUUUUCUUAUAAUAACUUGAAUGACGUGAUAUACUAAUUAGUAUAAUUUGGAGAGAAAAAAAUGAAUAGACACUUGGUGAAUAUUUCGAUUAUCGAUCCAUAUAUGACUAUGUUAAAAAAUAAAAUCUAAGUGAUUGUUUUGUUAGUAAUCCUAGUGUAUGGGGCUACUUGUAAUUAGUCUCUGUUCCCGUCAACCUAUCGCCGCUGUGCGACUUCCGCCCUUCCAUUUGAGGGUCAAAAUCCGAAUAGCACUACCGCCAUUUCGUAAUCAUCCCGUCGGCUAGUCUGAGGUCUCGCCGUGAUCUUGUCUCUCGGCUGAAUUGACAGGCCGACGCCACCGUCCAACUUCCUCACAUACGUGCUGCGGUCAGUUAUCUCUGCUGUAGCUUCUGUGUUUUAUUCCGUUUCUCGAUUGGGACUGACCCAAAUUUCCACUACUCAAGUUCCUAGGGUUUACAUUGGUCAAGUCCUGUGGAAAAGAGUAGAAAUUUAGCUUUCGUCAUUAUCCUUAUGGCAAUCCCCAGAGAGCUCUACCCCUCUCAGGACGAUCUUCCCUACGAGGAAGAGCUUUUGCGAAACCCAUUUAGCCUGAAGCUGUGGUGGCGGUACCUAGUUGCCCGUCGAGAAGCCCCUUUCAAGAAGCGUUUUAUAAUAUACGAGAGGGCACUCAAGGCUUUGCCUGGAAGUUACAAGCUUUGGCAUGCCUAUCUCACUGAACGUCUGGAUGUUGUUAGAAACCUACCCAUUACCCACUCCGAGUACAGGACUCUCAACAAUACUUUUGAGAGAGCUUUGGUUACAAUGCACAAGAUGCCUCGUGUCUGGAUAAUGUACUUGCAGACGUUGACGAGGCAGAAGUUUAUCGAGCUCACUCGCCGAGCUGCAGACCGGGCACUUCGUGCUUUGCCCGUCACCCAGCACGAUAGGAUCUGGGAGCUGUACUUGAAGUUUGUGAGUCAGGAAGGGGUUCCGAUCGAGACUUCGUUGAGAGUCUAUCGCAGGUAUUUGAAGUACGAUCCUGGUCAUAUCGAGGACUUCAUUGAGUUCUUGGUGAACUCGCGUCUUUGGCAAGAGUCAGCCGAGAGGUUGGCAUCGGUUUUGAAUGAUGAUCAGUUUUAUUCACUGAAAGGGAAAACGAAGCACACACUGUGGCUUGAAUUGUGCGAUUUGCUCACCAGGCAUGCUAAAGAUGUUUCUGGGAUCAAUGUCGAUGCAAUAAUCAGAGGUGGGAUUAGGAAGUAUACAAAUGAAAUUGGCAGAUUAUGGACAUCUCUAGCGGAUUAUUAUAUUAGAAGGGCCUUGUUUGACAAGGCAAGGGACAUUUUCGAGGAGGGUAUGACCACUGUAAUCACUGUGAGGGAUUUCAGUGUGAUAUUUGAUGCGUAUGCUGAGUUUGAGCAAGGCAUGGCUGAUCAUAAAAUUGAAAAUUUGAACUCUAGCGAUGAUGAGGAAGAAGACGGUCUGGAGGAGAUUGAUUUGGAAGUGGACGUUCGGCUGGAAGUCAAGUUAAAAAAUUUCGAGAAGAAGUUACUCUCUGGUUUUUGGUUUAAUGAUGAUAAGGAUGUGGAUCUGAUGCUGGCAAGGUUUGACUAUCUAAUGGAAAGAAGGCCUGAAUUGGCUAAUAGUGUUCUCUUGAGGCAAAAUCCCCACAAUGUGGAACAAUGGCACCGGAGGGUGAAGCUCUUUGAUGGUAAUCCCGAGAAGCAGGUAUUGACAUAUACUGAGGCUGUAAGAACUGUUGAUCCGAUGAAAGCAGUUGGAAAGCCUCAUACUCUUUGGAUUGCUUUCGCUAAGCUGUAUGAGAAGCAUAAUGAUCUUGUCAAUGCGAGAGUGAUUUUUGAUAAGGCAGCGCAGGUAAAUUAUAAGACUGUUGAUAAUUUGGCUAGUGUGUGGUGUGAGUGGGCAGAGAUGGAAAUCAGACACAAAAAUUUCAAAGCUGCUUUGGAGCUUCUAAGGCGGGCGACAGCGGAGCCAUCAGUUGAGGUCAAACGAAGAGUGGCUGCUGAUGGGAAUGAACCAGUCCAGAUGAAGUUGCACAAGUCCUUGAGACUCUGGACCUUCUAUGUUGACCUAGAGGAGGGUCUUGGUACACUAGAGUCGACUCGUGCUGUUUAUGAGCGAAUAUUGGACCUAAGAAUAGCUACUCCGCAAAUAAUAAUAAAUUAUGCAUUCCUUCUGGAGGGAAAUAGGUAUUUUGAAGACGCAUUCAAGGUGUAUGAGAGAGGAGUCAAAAUAUUCAAGUACCCACAUGUGAAGGACAUAUGGGUGACAUAUCUUUCAAAGUUUGUGAAGAGAUAUGGCAGGACAAAGCUGGAACGAGCUAGAGAAUUGUUUGAACAUGCCAUCGAGAUGACUCCUGCAGACUCUGUUAAACCAUUGUAUCUACAGUAUGCAAAGCUGGAAGAGGAUUAUGGCUUGGCGAAGCGAGCUAUGAAGGUCUAUGAUCAAGCCACCAAGGGUGUUCCAAAUAGUGAGAAAUUGGGCAUGUAUGAAAUUUACAUUGCCCGAGCUGCUGAGAUAUUUGGUGUCCCGAAAACAAGAGAGAUAUAUGAACAAGCAAUUGAGUCUGGUCUCCCGGACAAAGAUGUUAAGAAAAUGUGUCUCAAGUAUGCAGAGCUAGAGAAGAACUUGGGAGAAAUAGAUCGGGCACGAGGGAUAUAUGGAUUUGCUUCUCAGUUUGCUGAUCCAAGAUCUGAUCAAGAUUUCUGGACUAAGUGGCAUCAGUUUGAGGUUCUCCAUGGAAAUGAGGAUACCUUCCGUGAAAUGUUGCGGAUUAAACGUACUGUUUCUGCUAGCUAUAGCCAGACACACUUUAUUCUACCAGAAUAUAUGAUGCAGAAGGAUCAAAAGAUGAGCAUCGAUGAUGCCAAGGACAAGUUGAAACAAGCUGGGCUACCGGAGGAUGAAAUGGCUGCUCUUGAAAAGCAACUAGCACCAAUUAGCACCCCUGAGAAUGGCAAAGAUAGCAACAACAGGACAACACUUGGGUUUGUAAGCGCAGGAGUGCAGACACAGACGGACGCAGGGCUGAAGGUCACCAGGAACCAAGAAGACAUUGAACUUCCCGACGAAAGUGACUCAGAUGGUGAUGUUGAGACCCUCGAAAUUGCACAAAAGGAUGUCCCCUCCGAGGUCUUUGGUGGAUUGGUUAGAAAGAGGGAUGAUGCAGAGAAAGCCAGCGGCGAUGAAGGCCAUGAUGCUCCUACUGCACUUGGUGCUCUUGAGAGGAUAAAACGGCUUAAAAGAGACGGGCUAAAUGCCUAAAUCACUAGUAAGCCAAUUUGUAUUCAAGAUUUCCUACCCCGAGUUUGCUGCCUAACUUGUUGAUUGCUUUUAUCCUAAGAUAGAUAGUUGUAACUUGUCCACUCUAGGCCUGUACUACUACACAGCUGAAAUCCAGUUUAGUCGGGCAUAUUCUCCUCAGUGGUUGAUAGUGUUUCCGUUGCUGUUGUUUUCCUUCCAUCUCCUUUCACUAAAUGCAAUUUCGCAAUCUGAAGUCACUUGAUAUGUGGAUACAAAGUGAGAUAGUUUCUGUGGUAUAUGUUAUUCUGUCUGUCUAAAGUGUUGUUAUCUAUAGUUUUGCCUGACAAGAGCCCAGUCACUUUAUUAUCAGAUGCUGGAGCCGUUCGGAGGCUGGAAGCAUCGAGUGAAGAUGGAAAGAACAUACCACUCAGUACCCGUGUUCUCGAUCGAAUCAAUCAAUCAAUCAAUCCUCCAUAGGCGCGGCAGAAUCAGGCGUAUGAGCCCUAACAGGAGCAUGUCAUGGAUUGUUUAGGUUGCUGGUCGUCCAGGAGCAUCAGCAGCCUGCCUCUCAUUUCUUGGCUUUUGGUUUCUUUAUUUCGCACUGCCUCCAGAAAGUGUCCAAUGGAGAAGAAAACGAGUUGUUAGGUUCUAGUUCUAGCUCGGCACAGGGAAACCAUGCACUUGGCAUCCUUCCACCCAGUCAAUUGACUAUCAGCAGCCGGUUGGGUGUUGGAGUUGCUGCCACACUCCAGUUCAGAUUUGAGAAUAUGCUUUCCUCCUAUGCUGUUGUUGCACUUAAUUAUAUAUAUGGUGGUUCGUUCAACUAUCAUUUUCAUCCUUCUCUAAAGCUAAAGCUGUGGCGAAAACGACAUUGUCUGUCUCCCUCUUCAAAUAGUGGCAUUUGGCAGGGACAAAAUGGUGUUGUUGUUAUUGGAGAAGUAGCACAAGAACGACGAGACAACAACGUGUAUAUACUUUAUGCAUAUGUACUAGUAUAGUUUGGAAAAUGACUUGUGCCGUGACUCUGUAAGAUACAUGUAAUGCUACUUCCACCUUGGCUGUGUAGACUUGUAAAAUUGAUGUUUUGAUUCUCGAGUCCAAAUGUCUUUUUUGUUCUGUUUUGAGUUUUGACUUUACAGCUUGUAGCUAGAAGGGUACAGAUUUGGGGUCAAAUUCAGAGAGAAGAGAAGAUAAAGACUGAGUCCCAACUUCCAGAGAUUGAUUUAUUUAGCAUUAGAUGAGAUCCACCUGAAACACAAGAAACUGAAAUAACAAGGAAGGGGGCCGGCCGUCAGCCCAUCUAGAAAAGUUAGUUAACCCAAAUAUCUCCUUACCUUGUUUUUUGCUUAUUAAUUUUUUUUUUCUAGAAGAAGAGAAUAAGUAGUCCUAUUUUGAAUAAUUUUACUUCUGUUUUAGUUAUAGGUGAAAUUUGAGAGAAAAAAAAAAAAGAAGUUUAGUUUAGUUCUGUUUUAUUUAUUUAUUUAUUUGAUAACCCAGGGAACCUCAGCCCCACGUGCCGCUUGAGCGACAGCGGGGUCUACUAAACUACUGAGGGUACCUGUAUACUAAUUGGGGCUUUCUGCUACCAACAUCGGGGAGGCUUCGUCUCCGAUACCAAAGGUGCCGCCGGGAACGCUCAAGUGGUGCCACUGGGAAUCAAACUCAGGACCUCCCACAUCCAAAGCUCAAUUGGUCCAGUGGUUUCACCACUAGGCUAUGUUUAGUUAUGUUCUUAUAUCAUAAAAAGUUUAUUUACUGACUUAACAUAUAAGAAAAGUUAAUAAUAUGA